AUGGCAGUUUUAAAAGUCAAAUUCACUAAAACCAAGAGGGACAAGCUGGCCCAGGUGCUGUGGAUCCUCAACUGGAUCUCAGUGGUCACGGGGGCCAUCCUCUUCAGCCUGGGGCUCUUCCUCAAGGUGGAGAUCAACAAGCGAGGGGAGCUGAUGGCCGAGAGGGACAUCCAGUACGUGCCCAACAUGCUGAUAGCUGUGGGUCUCAUCGCCUGUGCCAUCAACUUCCUGGGCGGGAAGAUCUGCUACGACUGCGUGGACACCACCAAGUUCUUGCGCUGGAAGCUGAUCAUGCUGCCCUACAUCAUAUGCACCUUCUUCUUCACCUUCUGCGUGCUGGUGGGGGCCCUGAUGUGCUACAGCAUGCGUGGGGAGCUGGAGGAGUCUCUGAACUUGGGGCUGACGGACGCCAUCAGGUUCUACAAGGACACGGACACGCCGGGGCGCUGCUUCCUGAAGCGCACCGUGGACCUGCUGCAGAUACACUUCCAGUGCUGCGGAAACAACGGCUACAGAGACUGGUUUCAGAUCCAGUGGAUAAGCAACCGCUACCUGGAUAUGUCCGAAAAGGAGGUGAUAGACCGGCUGAGGAGCAACGUGGAGGGCAAGUACCUGAUGGACGGUGUCCCCUUCAGCUGCUGCAACAUCAACUCGCCCCGGCCCUGCAUCCAGCAGCAGAUCACCAACAACUCGGCUCACUUCAACUACGAGCACCAGACAGAGGAGCUCAACUUGUGGAUGAAAGGGUGUCGCCAGGCGCUGCUGGAGUACUACACCCACAUCAUGCAGUCCAUUGGCCUGGCGGUCCUCAUCACCUGGCUGUUUGAGCUGUCGGUGCUGACGGGGGUCCGUUACCUCCAGACCUCGCUGGAGAACGUGCUGAGACAAGGAGACCCCAACUCCGAGUCCGACGGCUGGCUGCUGGAGAACAGCUUCAUGGAAACGGCUCGCACCAACCUGAACAUCAUCAAGAGCCUCGGCAAGAACAACCACAUCCACACGUCCAACAACGGAGACCCCAACAUCAACGUCCCCUCCACCUCCAAAGCCCACUACGGGCCGGACAAUGUUCCACCGAAGCAAAUAACCGAAGGAAGUUGA